AUGGAGCAACGAAGAGCCUCUGGCGAACUUCACCAAGGAGAUGAAGAGUUCGGCACUCGUACCAUUGACGAAAAGACUCAUGAUUCAACUCACGUGGAGGAUGUGAAGGGACGAGAUGUCGGCCAGAUCUGUGGACUCACCGAGGCCGAGCAGAAGAAAGUCAUCCGUCGCAUCGAUAUUCGUCUACUUCCGAUUCUAGGCAUAAUGUACUCGAUUUCCCUCAUCGAUCGAACGAAUCUCGGCCUUGCCUUGGUUGCGGGCAUGCAGGAAGAUCUGGGGCUGGCUGCAGGACCCGCAAACUGGCUUUCGUUCCUCGGUGUAGGCUUUGGCGUGGUCCUGAUCGGAAUGGGCUUCACCAAGAGCUGGGGUGCUAUGGCAGUCUGUCGAGCUCUUUUGGGAAUAUUGGAAGCAGGCUUUCUACCAGGGAUCUUCAUCAUCGAGGGCGCAAUUACCGUGGUUGUGUGUGCUCUGGGCUGGUUCAUCAUCAUCGACUUUCCGACACAGGCCGGCAAGUUCCUGAAGCCGGCGGAGCAAGAGUUCGUCAUUGCCCGUAUCAAUCAAGAUCGCGGCGAUGCCGAGGAGGACCACAUUAAUCUGGCCAAGAUUCUGCAUCACCUCAAGGACUGGAGGCUGUACUUUUGGGCGUUCAAUCUCAUGGCUUCGACACUUCCUGGAUACGCUUACUCCUACUUUCUCCCAAUUAUUCUUCGCAAUGGCAUGGGCUUCAGCAGCACCCAGGCGCAACUUCUUUCUGCGCCUCCUUACGUUCUAGCAGCGAUCGUGGCCUACAUCUCCGGCUAUCUUGGAGACAGGUACAAGAUUCGAGGGCCAAUCAUUGCAGUCCAUCAAGCUUUAACUGCUGUUGGCAUGUUGAUCACCGUAUACGGCAAAGCUAAUGGUGCUCGCUACUUUGGAGCUUUCCUUGGUAUUGGGUUUCUUCAGUUUUGCGUCCCUGGCGUGCUUACCUUCCAAGCAAACAACAUUACUUCACACUCAAAACGCGCAGUCUCAAGCGCAACAUGUCUCAUUGGAGGCGGCCUGGGUGGCAUUAUUGCAAGCACAGCUUUCAUGUCCAAAGAAAGUCCUCACUACACUACCGGCAUCUGGACAACUUUCGCGAUCUCUAUGCCUAACUUGAUAUUCUCAAACAACUUCUCGGGUAUGGCGCAGCCUUAUCCCGAAACCAGCACCCAACUCGGCUUCACAACGCGUAUAUAUCCAGCGAAUACUUCGGCCUUCCUCGUGUCCAAGUUUCAUGUUCUCAGCGUCUCCCAAGUAUCAUUGUCUACAUCCACAGCAAGCACGCUCGCAAAGGAGAUGGGGUACCGCACAAAUGGCACUCUGCUUGGUCUUCCUCUCAUGACGAUCUACCCAGAUGAGUGCCCCGAUGUGGCAAGCGCUAACACAUUCCAGCUAUGCCUUUCCCACGCCGUCUCGCGUAAGGCUUCGCAGCGCGCCGGCUUCCUCGUCCAAUGCAAGGAAUGUUGUAACGCAGGCCAUGCCCAGAACCAUACCCUCAGCGACCGUCCAGGUAACUUCCCUCAAUUCAACGCCCGCCCGCGGACCUUUCCUGCUGAGUCUUCCACUGAGUCCUCAACAGAGUCUCCCCCCAAGGAGAAGUAUUUUACGAGUGAUUGGACCUGUUGCGCGGUUGGCGAGUGCAGUGAUGACGAGCUUUGUGAGUACCGCGUGGCUGCUAUCCUGUGUGGGAUGUCGACGCAGUGCCAGGAGGCUGAGCAGGCCAUCAUUGACACAUGCAACGAAGAGACAGACAAGGGGUACGAUGGCGACGUCAGCGAUAACUCCAACUAG